AUGUCACGACGUCCUACCCCGGGCCAGGCGGCCCAGAACCAGCAGACAAUUAAAACUCUGCUGAAACUUGAUGCUAACAAAGUAUGUGCCGACUGCAAGCGCAAUAAACAUCCACGAUGGGCUUCAUGGAACCUGGGUAUCUUUGUUUGUAUCAGAUGUUCGGGCAUCCAUCGAGGUAUGGGUACACACAUUAGUCGAGUCAAGUCAGUCGAUCUGGACGCAUGGACCGAUGAACAACUUCAGAGUGUAUUGAAAUGGGGCAACGGAAGAGCCAACAAAUACUGGGAGGCCAAGCUCGCUCCCGGCCACGUUCCGUCCGAGGCAAAGCUCGAGAAUUUCAUUCGAACCAAAUACGAAGCGAAACGCUGGGUGAUGGAUGGACCGAUUCCAGACCCAUCCACCCUCAACGACGGCGAUGACGACGUACCUCUUGCAGUUGUACAGGAAAAGGCUAAGAUCGAACGCUCCGCAUCUCAACGGCACCGAGUCGCGCCUCCAAGCCAGCCCGUGCAUCGCCAACAGGCAUCAAUCGAUUUGUUCGCCGAUGAUAAUGAUAUGAUUUCAGCUCCACCUCGUCCCAGCACGACUGAGCCCACCCAUCGCGCUCCUCCCAUACAAGCCCAGCCUGCACAGCAAAAGACUCACAAGCCCGCUGAUUCUCUACUCGGCCUUGACUUCUUCGGCAGCGCCCAACCCUCCGCUGGUAGUCGCCCGUCUAGUACCGCAUCAACACCCGCUGCACCCACCGGUCUGUCGCGGCCUGAUCUGAAGCAAUCGAUUCUCUCCUUGUAUGCGAAGCCCCAGCCUGCUCCAGCUCCGACCCAGCACGCUCGACAAAACUCUUUUGGCGAUAUGUGGCCUGAGUUUCCCUACAACCACGUCCCCCCUCCCCAGACCAAGCCUUCCCCAUUCUCCAACCUGGCCAACUUCUCAAUUGCCAAGUCAACUCCCGCAGCUCCCAAGGUCACUUCCCCCUCGGGAUCGGCCGGCGGCGAUCUGUUCGAUAGUUUGACUUCUCCUACUGGCAGCUUCUCUGCGCCAAAGCCACAAUCUCGUACUGCGUCCGUCUCUUCGAACUCACAAGAUUUCGGAUUCUCUGGGUUCUCAAACCCCAUAAAGCCAGCGAAGCCCAGCCUUCCCUCGUCAUCCCUUUCCAAUGACCUCUUCGGUCUCUCCUCCCCACCCCCACCCCCAUCAAAGCCUUCUGCAGCUUCUCCGCAGCAAGAAAUGAGUUCUGCUUUCAAUCUGUCUACUCCUUCUUUCCAACCCCCGGCGAUUCCCAAGCCUCAAGUCCCGGCUGUAGCGACUUCUGCAGCCAACAUCAUGGCGGAUCCCUGGGGUGGUAAUGCAUGGAACACCCCAGAUCCUACCCCGGCGCCCACUCAAGCUAUUCCUGCCUCUUCUACCUCAUCCAUGAUGAAAAUUCCCGACACCUUGACGGCGAAUGACAUUGGAGGUGGAUGGGGUGUGCCUCCUAAGGCGACUCCAGCUGUCGCCGCUGACGAAGAUUUUGGGGGUUGGACCAGCGCGGCCCCUGUCUCAUCAGGGCCCACCACGACCAGCUCGACCAAGCAAGGCGGGUUCGGCGGUUCAGACGACCUCUUCUCUAACGUGUGGGAAUAA